GAUAAAGGAGGCGUGGUCUUAAAACCAGUGGAGAUAUGGCUGGAGGAGGAAAAACUGUUUGCAGGUUUUUUCGUGAAGGAAGAUGUAGGUUCGGUGCAAAUUGCAGGAAUUACCAUCCCACAGGCAAUGUUGAAGCUACUGACAGAGGAUGGGGUCAGUCAGGAAACAGCAGAGGAGGUGGGCAAUCCAAUCCUCACUCCAAUGACUCCAACAGAGGUUGGGGAGCAAAGCAAGGUGGCAAUCGAUUUCAGCUCUUCAGUGAGAGGAGUGAUGACGGUGGAAGAGGUGGUAGAUCUCAGAGCAGAGAUAACGGGCCGAGACGAAACCCAUUCGAUAGGCUAGGACAGAAGAGUAAUGACGGCCAGGACCAGUGGAACAAUACUGAGAGACGUCAAGAUAACUGGAGUAGGGGAGGUCAAAGCAAUCAAGGCAGACAGCAGCAAGAUCGCUGGGGUGGUGGUCAAGAUAGGCAGCAACAAGAUCGCUGGAGGGGUGGUCAAGAUAGGCAGCAACAAGAUCGCUGGAGGGGUGGUCAAGACAGGCAGCAACAAGAUCGCUGGAGGGGUGGUGGUCAAGGCAGACAACAACAAGAUCGCUGGGGUGGUGGGGGUGGUCAGUGGAAUAGUAGAGAUGAUAGAAGAAACUCUCAGCAAGGAAAUGACCAACCCACUUCACCCAAGGAUAUUGCUGAAUGUAUUCGAGUGGACAUGGAGGAGUGGGGUGCUAGCAAGAUGUGGCCCCUCUCCUGCUAUGCAUAUGCUAAAGAGACUCCCUGUAUGCCAGGCCUGGUCGAUGUGUCCACUGAUGAACUACGAUGGGAGGCCUACCACGCAAAUGCGCUAGGAAACUCAGCAAAAUAUUUGCAGAGCCUAAUUGAACUUGGUGAAAAACAGAUGAGGACGCAGAGGCAAUUCAGUACUAUCACAGCAGAUGAUAUAGGCUCAAUGCAAUCCAAUUCUGGUGCUCUAUUCGGUGGUGCAGACGGUGGUAGCUCCGGUGGUCUAUUUGGAGCUGCUGCUAGUCCAACCACUAACCCUUCAUUAUUCACUGACACUGGCACUAACAAGACGCCUGUGUUUGGCCCCUCCCUCUCUGGCCCUACUGUGUCGUCUAUGUUUGGGGGACAGUCACAAUCCCUAUUUGGUACAGCAAAUACUGGAAUGGUCUCUGCUGCUCAAUCUGCGCCACUUGUCUCCAUGUUUCAACAGAUGAACUCACAAACUGUUUCCAUUGCUAAUUCUGUUUCUACCCCUAUUAUUCAGUCAGUUGGUCCAACCACACAAGCUCCUGGUGGUACAAGCACUGCCAACAGUGGUGCAAGCUCACUAGAAGAUAUUAUAAACUCUACCAAGGCUAGGGAGCUGAAUAAGACAGAACUUGAAGCCUAUAGUACGGACAAAUUCAUAUUAGGCAAUUUGCCUGAACAUGCUCCCCUUAUUGUGUAGCCAGCCACUUAAUUAUAAUAAUAAUUGCACAGUUUAUUUUCUUUUACUCUACAAUGUACAUGUAUAAGCUUCUGUAAAUGCUUGAAUUGACAACUUUUUAAAAAAUAAUUAUGACAACAAUAA